CAGCAAAUCACAUGAGCAGAGAUAUGUUUACAAACUGAGCAGGAGAGGAGUGCUCGGCACCAUUAUGAGAGGAAGACUGGGUGAGCAGAGGAGCUGAAGGAGCUGAAGAAGACACACAGAGACAGGGUGGACCCUUUCUUCUUCACAAGGCGGUCAUUUUGUUCCCUGUCUGUCCUCUCCUUUUUGAUUUUUUGGAGGGGAGAGAGACACAGAGCCUUGAGAGACUGAGAGAAAGAGAGAGAGAGAGCAGGACAGAUGGUGAAGAGGAGACAGAGCCAUCACCAGCACAAUGCCACCCACAGCCUGAAGAAGAGCUACAUUCACAGCUCCAUUCACCCACAGACUGCUCUCAGUCUGACUGCACUCAGCCUCUCAGCUCUUCUCCUUUCCCGCUUUGUUGCUGAAGGGUGAACGCAAUGAGAAGACCAUUCUAAAGGACAAGAAGAGCAGGUGGGCUUCAAAAAGGAGCACUCAACAUUUUGACGCCUGUGCCAACUCUCAAGUGGACAAUGAGUGACUUGUGUUUGUGAGUGUUUCAAGCAAGACAACAAACCCCUCCUACUUCCACACAAACAGCGCUCCAAACAGUCUAGGUUCUAAGGAAUGUGGUGGGUGCUCCCAAUGUGUUAACCCAAGGCUGCUGUGAAGAUUUCUUUGACUGUGGUGUCGUUGUUGUAGGAGUUUCACGAAGACAAAGCCCUGAUUAUAUAGAUUUAAUAUCUUUGUAAUCCGUCAAAACACAGACUCUGCCUCUCCCGUUUCACUGGAUAUUCUUGGAGGAGCCUGUCGCUUUGUUUCAUGAACCCUCUCCAGUGGUGUAACGGAUGUCUGUGUGACCUGGGACUGCAGAUUUCAGACUGCAAGAUGAGCACCGACACCACAUACCGCCUUCCGCUCAAUGUCUACGUCAUUAUCCUUGGGAUUGGCCUCUUCAUCUUCAUGUUGAGCAUGAUCUUCUGCUGUUACUUGUUUAGCCUGAGACGGCAGGGCACACGGGAGCAGUAUGGAUAUAAUGAGGUGGUUCUAAAGGGAGCAGGGAAGAAGCUAAGCCUGCUUGGACAGACCUGUGCAGUUUGCCUAGAGGAAUUCAGGAGCAGGGAUGAGCUUGGUGUGUGUCCCUGCUCUCAUGCCUUCCAUAAAAAGUGUUUGGUGAAGUGGCUGGAAAUCCGAAGUGUCUGCCCCAUGUGUAAUAAACCCAUCUGCAGGCUCCAGCCUGACCCCCCGCAGGGGGCCGAAGGGCCGCAGAACCCCCUGGAGGUAUGAAAGAAGAGGCUGGUGUCAGUAAAGAGGAACAGGAGGCUCUCACUGUGUGGAACAGGCUCAGUUUCAUUUGAGAACAAUGUUUAAAAACACACACAGUGUCACUUGACGUCAUGUAGCCCACUCCCAUAUCCAACUGGCUCACUUUCUACUACUGAGCUUUACCAUGGACACUGUAAUGUCUUGAAGUUCUGAUUCAGUGCACUAUGCAUUUGGCCUUAAAAGAAGGUGGUUAUAUUGAUGCCCUCGACAAGAGAAAGAGAGAAAGAGAGUUAGAAGAGAGUAUCACAGAACUUGGAUGCAAUGAGUAGACACUGCACAGUAUAUAUGCACACUAAUGCCAUCAGAAUGGUGGGGGAAAUUAUAUUAAUACAGAUCGAUAAAUAGCCUUUUUGAUGAAUAGCCUCUUCAUCAAAAAACUGUUGCACCCAGAAGGAAUUAACUGACAAGAAUGAAAUGAGAUGAGUCAGACCGUCGGACAAGUCCUGGUCUUGUCUUGGUGGAGACAACCAAUGAAUACUAUUUGUUCUCAGACUUCACGUGUUCAGAAUGACUAGUGUCAUGGCGUGGGGUGCAAAUUUGUACAAUGCCGGGUCACCUUUGGUCUUCCUUACAAAUACUUUGGUAGACCUACUGUAGGUUACAUUAAUAAGGUCCUGCAAGCAGAGGCACACUUCAGUGCGCUAUUCCAACAGGACAAUGCUUAUCCACACACUGCCAGUUGCAUUGCCAAGCCUGUCCCUAAUUGAACAUGUGUGGGAUGCUAUUGGACACGUUAUCAAACUCCACCCAUACCACUCCUUACCCUUUAUCUUCCUUCUGAACAGCAUUGCAAUCUGAUACUUCCUUCUGGGUGCAACUAUUUUUGCAACCGUUUCUCUGGCGAUGAGUGUAUUAAGUGUCAGAAUGGAGCAUUUUUGUGUCCAAAGCCUGGUCUUGGAGCUUGAUGAUUAUGGGAGGGUUUCCUCUUGCCAAAAUGAUUUCAGACACAGUUAAAUCAAUACGAUUAUAAAUAAAUCAAUGGAUCACAGAGGAAUUUAACAUUUUUAAAUGCCUGCCAGCACAGCCCUCUCAGCGCUCCCAGCUCUCCCAGCACGCCCAGACCAGAUUUGGGUGAAUUGGAGAUAAUGGGUAAUCUUUAAGUUAUUUUGAAAUUGUUAUUUUAUAUUGUACAGACCUCUUAAUAAAGUGUAACAUUAA